AUGGCGAGACCCCUGCUCGAGUUUGAGACUGAGAUGUUCCUGAGCCUUUUCGGCUGUGAUGGCUUGCUUGUGGUUGCUGAGGGGAUGGGAAUAGACCGAAUCCUGCUGCAGUUCAUGCGGGUCUACUCGGAGAAGGGCAGCCUGGUCCUUCUAAUUAACACAACCACACCUGAACAGGAGUAUUUUACAGAGCUGUUGCGGGUUGAGGGAGUGACCCACCUGCCCAGGACGGUGACAAGCGAUGUCCAGAGCGCGGAGCGUUACAAUGUUUACACCGAGGGAGGGGUGUUGUUCGUCACCAGUAGAAUUUUGGUGGUUGACUUCCUAACUGAUCGAAUCCCUGCGCAUCUUAUCUCAGGGAUACUAGUGUAUCGAGCUCAUAAAAUCAUUGAGUCGUGCCAGGAGGCCUUCAUCCUCCGUCUGUUCAGGCAGAAGAACAAGACUGGCUUCAUUAAGGCUUUCACUGACAAGGCCACAGCCUUCUCUUCUGGCUUUUGCCAAGUAGAGCGAGUGAUGAGAAACUUGUUUGUCAAAAAGCUCUACCUGUGGCCCAGGUUCCAAGCGUCAGUGAACACAGGACUGGACAGGCAUAAGCCCGAAGUGGUGGAGCUUCAUGUGUCGCUAACUCCAGCUAUGAGGGCCAUCCAGAGCUCCAUCCUGGACAUUAUGAGCGCCUGUCUGAAGGAGCUGAAACGCUACAAUCCUGCCCUGGAAGCCGAGGAUCUGUCAUUGGAAAACACUUUAGGAAAUGCAUUUGAAAAGACUAUCCGACACUACCUGGACCCCCUGUGGCAUCAGUUAGGAGCAAAAACAAAAGCCCUGGUUCAGGACCUGAAGGUGCUCAGGGUUCUCCUCCUCUACCUCACCCAAUAUGACUGCGUCACCUUCCUGAAUCUGCUCGAGUCGCUUCGCUCUAGCCAAAAGAACUUUGGCUCCAAUUCAGGCUGGCUUUUCUUGGACUCGAGUACCUCCAUGUUUGUAAAUGCCAGAAGCAGAGUGUACAGGAUUCCUGAGAGCAAAAAGAAACUCAGAGUUGGAGCAGAGGCAGAAAAAAAGAAGCCGUCCUCUGCCCUGGAAUUGAAGCGAGAGCUGGUGCUGGAGAAGAGCCCAAAGUGGGAGGCCCUGACGGAGGUGCUGGAGGAGAUUGAGAGAGAGAACGAGAGCUCUAAGCAUGAACCAGGUAGUGUACUGAUCUGUGCGAGUGAUGACCGGACCUGCGCCCAGCUCCAGCAGUACAUAAGGAACGGCUCUGAUUGUCUCCUCAAUCGACUUUAUGCCCGCACCAUCGGAAAACGUGACUCCCCCGCAGCUCCCGCCUUUGAGCUGCACUCGCACAAAAAGGGGAAAGGUUGGGUCAAAAGGGGAGCCAAGGGAAAGGAGCCUGUUCAGACAAAAAAAACAAAGUCUGGCAAAAGCAAAAGACCGUCUCUGACCCUUACCCAGAUGGUUGGGAAAGAGGAAAUUGGUGAGGCAGGAGUUAUGGGCAGCAGUGGAGAUGAGGACGAUCUGAUGGAGGGAGACGAAAGCGAGGAAGAGCAGUUGAAGUUAGACCUGUCCUCAGACUCUUAUUACGGUGUCCUGAAGGAGCCACUGACCGUCAUCCACCCUCUGAAAGGCUGCACCGACCCCCACAGCCUGACCCGAGUGCUUCACGAGGUGGAGCCUAGCUUUGUGGUGCUGUACGAUGCUGAGCUGAGUUUUGUACGCCAGUUGGAGAUCUACAAAGCUAACCGGCCCGGAAAGCCGCUCAGGGUGUAUUUUCUCAUCUACGGAGGCUCGACAGAAGAACAGAAGUAUCUGACAGCACUGUCAAAGGAAAAGAAAGCCUUUGAGCACCUCAUCAGGGAAAAGGCUACAAUGGUCAUCCCAGAGGAGAGGGAAGGCCGAGAAGACACAAACUUAGACCUUGCCAGAAAUUUAGAGCCUGCAAAUACCACCACUAACUCCCGCAAAGCAGGAGGCCAGGAGCAGCCUAAAGAGCCCUCAAGAGUCAUUGUGGACAUGCGUGAGUUCCGCAGUGAGCUGCCCUCCUUGCUUCACCGUCGUGGCCUGGACAUUGAGCCUGUCACCCUCGAAGUGGGCGACUACAUUUUGACACCGGACACGUGUGUUGAACGCAAGAGCGUCAGUGACUUGAUUGGCUCAUUGCAGAGUGGCCGCCUCUACACCCAGUGCCUCUCCAUGACCCGCUACUACAGGAAGCCGGUGCUGCUCAUCGAGUUUGACCCAGCUAAGCCCUUCUCUUUGGUGGCCCGGUCAGAUUUCCGCAACGAGAUUUCUUCCAGUGAUGUUUCUUCCAAGCUCACCUUACUCACGCUGCACUUUCCCCGGCUCCGCAUCCUCUGGUGCCCAUCGCCGCACGCCACAGCUGAGCUCUUCUUGGAACUGAAGCAAGGCCGUGCAGAGCCCGAUGCCUCAGCAGCCCAGGCAGUUACGGCAGAGUCGGACACAGUGGCUGAAUCGGCAGAACUCUACAACCCCGGACCUUACGACUUCCUGUUGAAAAUGCCAGGUGUCAACACAAAAAACUACAGGGCGCUCAUAAGAAAUGCAGACACACUGGCGGACUUAGCCAAACUGAGCCAGGACAAACUAGCAGAAAUACUUGGGAAUGUUAACAAUGCCAAACUGCUGCAUGACUUUCUCCAUAAUGUUACUGAUGUGCCUGCUCCUGUACAGAAGGCCAAACAGACAUGA